AUGCCAAUGAGUGCCCUUGUCACUGUUGGCCCCUCCCCACAUUCCCCAAUGAUGAAAGCACCCACUGAUGUUGAAGGAGGCCGACCAGAGGCCAUGGAAACACAUGAAACCAACCAAGGGGUAGCUGACCUGAAUGCUGACUCCUUGCGAGACCAUGCAACACUCAAACGUCCAGUUGAAAGGGAUGACUUUUCCGAGGCGCCCCCCAAAAAAUGGAAAGAUGCAGAUGGAUCGCCGAAUACUAGCAUUGGCCGAGGAGAUGCUGGGACCUUACCGACACGAGCAGAAGCCACUUGCCUUGCCUCAGCCAAGCCUCACCAUGCCAUGCCUGUGACAGCCACUGACAAUGGGGAAUUCCCACUUAAGGGCAACUUGCCAGGUAAGCAGUGUGUGCACCAUGCAUUCGCCUCUUUGCCAGAGCCAGCUCCAGUGUCGCAUCCCAAAGCAUCCGAGAGUCAUUCACAUGCCAGCCUUGCUGGCCUUGCACCCCAAAAUGAAAGCAGAGAUGAAGAAAACAGCCAGCGUUCGGGACGCAAGAACCCGCAAAUUGGGGUACCCACCAAUUUUUUGGGGAAAGAGAGUCAAAUCGACAAACAGCCAGCGGUGGAGACGCCAGAACUCCCCCUGCCCAUGUCUUUUCAGGCCAUGCCACGUGAUGCUUUUGUCACUCGUGGCCCCUCCCCCCAUGGUCCCAUGUGUGAGAGUUCAGACCUGGUCAAAAUGUCGAAGCCAUGUCAUGCAGAAGAGACAUCCAGUAACCCAGCAUCAGGUAUGCCGAACACACUAGAUCAGCAUCAAUUUGCAGAUACCAACCCGAAACCACACGAGGAAUCUACAGGUGGACUCGUGGCAUUUGCGUCAGGGUCCAACCCAUCUAAAUCCGAAACACACAGUCCGAUCAUUGCAGCCGAGGCCAGGGAGGCUACCAAAGUUGUAGCUCACCAGACCGCAUCCGAUGAAAAGCAUGCCAGUGAUCCUGCCGAGGCCAAUGACGAAGGAGACUCCUUGACCCAGGGAAUGUUGCAGGUAGCUCAAGAGAUCGCCAGCUCCGAAAUCUUGAAGCGCAAGCACAUUGAAAGCCACACCAUUCAGGUCAUCAGGCAAGAUGACAACCAGCCAUCAUUCAUCAAGAUCGACAAGCAGGCUACGGUAGGCUCGGUCACAGUUGUUGAGGCAGACAUUGGUAGCCUUGUCCAGCCAAUCUGUGUCAAUACUUGCGUUGGUACAAGAUAUCCGACUGCAGCCAUCACCAAGCCAUUUGACCAGAUCUUCCUAAAAGAAAUGGCACAAUAUGGAAGUGGUACUUCGGAUGAAGCGAUUAACAUGCCACCUGAGCUGCUUGCAAAUGCCUCCACCACCAGGAUUGCUUUGUUGUACCGACAAGAAGCAUUUGUAGCUCAGGAUGAGAUGGAGUUUUACCUCAACAUGAUCACUGCCACAGGUCAAGCUAGUGUAGCUCCGGCCGCAAUCAUCCCUCAUGAGUGCGAUGAUGAGGAACUCAUACAGACACUCCAAAACUGGUAUGCACAGGCUCUGCUUGUUCACGAUGCCCCAAGCACGCAGCCGUGGAAAGAGAUCAAACAGCUUUCCAACCAAUGUAGCCCGAAGUUACAACUUGUCUUGCCAAGUGAACUGCAGGAAGUCAUUCGAAACCGGACCAACUCCCAGCAGAAGUUUGGAUCCAAGAAAGACAAGAAAAAGCAUGCCCCGCAGGCACAGAAACCAAUUCACAUCGACGCUGAGGACAUAAGCAUUCCUGACGGAAUUUUCCAAGAUGCUGAUGGUAAGACCAUCCAACAGCGGCCAAUCAAUAGCAUAGGUCCAGAAGCACGAGGCAUCGUUGUCGUCAAAGCCAUGCAAGCAGUGCCAUAUCUAAGGUUUCAAAAACCGGUGUCCCAGAAUGGCCUUGCCUUAUUGGUGAUUGACCACCAGGACCCAUUGCUCCACGGGGUUGGGGAAGAAGUCCGUUUUCCUGCCAGGUACGAAAAGACAAGUGAGCCCAUUUUGAUGUCAGCCAAACUUGUACAGAUUGGAGCCAGCAUCGUCAGUCGUACAGUCCCAGCCCAUGCAACUAAGGUGGACGAGGUCAUGACAGCAGUCGUAAGAGUUGCAGUGUAUAGGGAUGAGUGUGAUGUCAAAUGGGAAAGCAUCGUUGCAAGGCCUGUGAAGCACCUAAUUUCCAGUGUCCAGCUUUUGCAACCAAAUGGGGACAUGUCACCGAUCAUGGAUGUUUGGGAUAGGCAAUUCCUGAAUGAAAAGCUGGAACGCACAAAACCGAGUGACGCCACCAUUUUCAUGGCUUGUUUCAGAUUGGAGGCAUCCGAUAUCACCGAAGCACUCAAAACCUCAGGAGAUUCGGGGUGCUACCUGGAGCCGAGAAGCCACGAUGGAAGAUCUCCCUCCACUGACUAUCGAGUCAUUUGGAUCAACAAGCAAGACAAGCAGAAUGUCAUGAUUGCAUCCCAGGCUACUAAGCAGUGGACAUGCAUUGUUAGAUCUGGCAACCGAUUUGGACUCCGAACUCGAGUCCAAGAUGCGCAGGCAGUCCAUGAGACCCAUAAGCCUCAGGUACCAUUCCUCACAUCCGACCAAGUCAUGACGUUCCAUGUAGGCCCCAUGCCACACGGAUCCAACCGCACGGCACUCACCAAACUGUUCCAAUCGUGGUCAUGGCAGGCAAGGCCAUGCCAGCCGCGUAACAGGACACCUGAUGGUAAGGGCGUUGUGUGGGAAUGCCAAGCAAUCUGCAAACCACCCUAUGAGGUAUACCAGUUGGAUCAUGCAGAUGUCCUCAUCACAGAAGUGCCCAAGAAAGCAGCCAGAAAUGCAUUGCCACAAGGAAGCAUCCAAGCUUCGGCCAAAACAAUGGCAGCACUGAAAGCUGCAGACAGCCAAAGCCAGGAGAAUGCUGACCCAUGGGAAGCCAAUGAUCCAUGGGGAAACUAUACCACCCCUACCAAGGGACCCAGACCCAGCACUCAGCAAACCGUGGUCAAACGAAAUGAUGACAUUGAAGCCAUUGCAGCCAAGGUCCAGCAGAAGCUUCAGCCAGCCUGGUCUAAGCACAUCAACUACCCCAAAAACGAUACAGAUCAAGACAUGAAUGGAGAUGAGACUCGAAUCCAGGUAGUUGAGGACCGCCUUGCCAAGCUGGAACAAACAGUGCAGGCAAAUCAAUUGCAGCAGGGAAAGCAUGUCCAGGAACUUGCCUCCCAGAUUGCCCAGGUUCAAAAGAACGUUGAUCAACAAGGAAGAGCUUUCCAUGCCCACCUUGAUGAGAAGCUCGACAAUCAGCUGCACCAGAUCGAGCAGUUGCUCGCCAAGCGCAGCCGCACUGAGUGUGUCCAAAGAUUCCGUCAAGAGCUCAAGUUCCAGUCCCAGCAAUGGAAGUACCUGCCUGGUGCACCGGAAAACCUGGACUGCUUGCCCAACAGCGGGGGAGAUGCCAGACCACUGAAGUCUUUGCCAGUGAGCACAGUAGUCAUUAACACCAAUGCUAUUGUGAGUGACGUAAGUGCAGAUGGUCUUAUCGUACAAUAUCAGCCCCCAGAGCUGGAUCCCCACCAACCUGUGAGUCCCAUUGCAGUGGUCAGCUAUGUUGACAAUUGGGAAGCUCAGUCAUCAAGUGCCCAAGCGACCUGUGAAGCGUUUCAAGCGAUGGACUCUUUUGCCAGUGCCUUGGACAUACGAAAUACAGCCGCGGACACCAUGGCGUCCAAAGCCAUUGCCUUACUGCCAGCCAGAGUUCGCCAGGCCCACAGAAGGCUUGCAAACCUUCUGGAAAGCCGCUAUGCAGCAUGCCAAGCGAUGCAUAAGUUGUUUGUUGCAAUCGGAAAAAAGGUUGUAAAGGAAAAAGAAGAGAUGAAAGCACGUGAGACAGAAGCUUGGGAAAACGUUGGACCGUCAGCUCCAACCAUCUCAGAUGUGAUCAGUUUUCUUCCUCUGCCAUCGACAGUUGUGGAGCCUGAGGACCACCAACUUGGAGAGGGUUUUCCACUGAUUCAUCAGUGGCUUUUGGAGUUUACAGGAGACGAACAAUCCAUUCCGAUGUGGCUGUCCAGUUACCAGCUGUACGCCCACUUCCAAUGGAGCACUGGACACUUGGGAUUUCAUUAUAACCGCAAAACCAAAAAGUUCGAGACGCUUACAUCACUUGGUACUGCGAAGGAAUACAACUUCAUUCGUGCAGCUGGAUGGUUUAACGCGAUGCUGAAGAGUUUUGCGAAAGCGAUGGGCUUCCUGAUCCUCUCGCUGCCGUCGAACUUUGUCUCACCAGAGCUCGAAUUCUCGGCGGGAGGGAAAAGGAAAAGGUUUUGA